CCCGCCCACUGAUAGCAGCUUACCUGCUGCUGGCCGCUCCACGCACUUACAUUUCUAUGGCUUUAGCGAGAGUCAAUCAGUUCAGUUGGAGACUGAACUAAAGCAUCAGAGAAUUACACGCGUGGAAAUAAAGAGUCGCGUGACAGAAAAACACGAUCAUGGCAUCUUUAAAUCUCGGGUUUAAUGGAGGUCGAAAAAAAGCAGCAGCGCGAAUCAGAGCCGUGGAGAGGAGAAAUCUGAUCACCGUGUGCAGGUUCUCGGUGAAGACUCUUAUUGAUCGUUCAUGUUUUGAAACGAUAGAUGACACAUCUGCUGAGUUCAUCAACUUUGUCUCCAUUCUGGAACACAUUCUGAGCCAUAGACUUAAAGGUCAGGUCAGUUGGUUUGGCUAUGAGAGUCCACGCAGUUUCUGGGAUUACAUACGUGUAGCGUGUAGUAAAGUACCCCACAGCUGCAUCCACAGUAUUGAAAACAUGGAGAACGUCCGCAGCUCCAAGUCAAAGGGUCGUGCCUGGAUCAGGGUAGCGUUAAUGGAGAAACGUUUGUCUGAAUACAUUUCUGCAGCUCUGAAAGACUUCAAAAUUACCAGGAGGUUCUAUGAUGAAGGGGCGGUAGUUCUGGCUGAAGAGGCGGGGCUUCUGGCGGAUACUCUGAUUGGUCUAAAUGCCAUUGACUUCAGCUUCUGCCUGAAAGGGGAGGGGCUUGAUGAGAGCUGUCCAGUCGUCAUUGACUACACACCGUACCUUAAAUUCACACAAACAUCUGACAGCAUCAGCAGCGAUGAAGAGGAGAUGAGGACGCUGGGCAGCAGUGGAAGUGAAGCAGGAACUCCUGAAACCUAUUUGGCAGCAAAUCUCUUGGCCGAUCAGAGCAGCUGGUACAGCAAGAGUAAAAGACUAGAGCAGAAAUACAGAGUCGUGCUCGAGCAAAAGGGUUAUCUGGAGGAGCUGGUACGUCUAAGGGAAGCUCAGCUGUCGGAGUCUGAAUCUCAGAAGAAAUCUCUCCUGAAGCGGCUCGAAGACACGGAAUUCACACACAAAUCUGAGAAAGAGCAAUUGGAGAUCAUCAUACUGGAGCUUCAGGAUCAACUAACGGUGAUGAAGAACCAUGACCUGCGCUCCAGACAGGAGCUUACCGCUCACUUGACAAAUCAGUGGCCCUCACCUGCUGCCUUGGAUACAAACGCUGUUGCCUUGGAUACGAUCCUGUACAGGAAACGCACAGGACCAUGGGAGGAAAAGAGCUUCCCGAGUUUAGAGCAGCUUUCUACAGAUAUGAGUCUAUCUCAGACCUCUCUGGAUCCAGCACAGCUCAACACGCACAGUCUGGACAGCAAGACAGGACUCGCACAGUGGCAAGGGAAAGAAGAUACUCCGUCGCUUAGGGGUUUGUGUGGCUCAUUGACCUCAAUGGCUAGUUACAAAUCUCUCGCUAGCCUAAAGUCCAGUGAGUAUCUGGCCAGUCCCACGACAGACAUGACCAGUCCUGGACUUACUCCAUCCUGAAAACAUAUGGACAUUGUAUAUAUACAUACACCUGGCUGACACAUUCAUGCAUACACAAUGUCCUGCUUGAGAAACCAUGACCAAACUACACCACCAUCUUCUUGCCGGACAAGGUGUCGCAUCAGGUCUGUCCUGAUCAGUUUUAGUCUUAUUUAAUUUGUGUCAUUGAAGUUCAUUAUUGUUUAUCGACUUCAUCACACACACAGUACUGUUUAUUUAGUGAAUCACAAUGAAUGACUCAGGACAUCAGCUUUUGUAAACCAGCCCAGAUUUCAAUGCCAAAUAAGUGUUUGGAUUCAGCCCCAGCUAAAUUUUGAUUUUGACUUAAAUUUUGUCCUAUAGAUACAUUUAAAGUCAAUUUGCUAUUAAUUUAUAAAUUCAAAUAUUGAUUUAUUUGUUAGUAAAAAUAUCCCAACAAUCAUUUAUUCUGAGAUUGGUUGCCUUAACAGAUGCUCUCAGUGAUGUCAAUUUAGCAAUGUGGUUUCUAAAAAUGGUAUCAUUUUAUUGUACAAUUUUUUUGUCACACAUUACAUGUACUUACUAUUACUAGUAAUAGCAGUAAAUCAUUAAUGCAACUAACCCUAAACUAAAAUCCUAAUGCUGCUUUAAGACCUGCCGCGGUAGAGGCGUCAAGCACGAGUGAUUUCAAUGUUAAGUCAAUGUAAAGAUGUGUUGAUGUGCGUCUGGAGGUCUUGCGGCGCGAAUGAGGCGUUUAGCGCGGAGCGAAUUGAGCAUUGCCGCGGUAAACGCGCAAGUUUAAAAAUUUGAACUUUGUCGGAAAAACGCGCCGCAUUAACCAAUCAGGAGCUUGCUCUAGUAGUGACUUAAUUACAGAAGCCCCUCCCAUGAUGCAAAUAUUCGCGUGGAUGUCUCGAUAACUAGAAUUUCACACGCGUCUUUCACGCGUGAAUGAAGGGAGUAAACUCAAAAUGUUUAAGCUACAAACAAGACGCGGUAGACGCGAAUUUGGCGCCUAAUGCCGAGUUCAGACUGCAUGAUUUUCAAACUAGUCGGGUCACCUGUGUGAUUAUCUGGGGUAGCGUUCAGUCGCUGCUGUUGCAAACUGCAUGAUGGAUUGGCGACAGGGGUUUUCAUACUGCAUGACUUUACCGUAAGAAGAAUCGCCGAUAACUUUGUCCCGGUCCGCAAACUACGUCUCACAACCAAACGCACACGAGAAGUAACCCUAAUGCUACGUUCACACCAAAUGCGGGACAUCGCGUUACUCGCUGUAGAUUACUAGUGGGAUUUAACUUCGUGUCAUGCGAAUUUUUCACUUGAGUUGAAUAUUUUAGAUGCGUUUGAGGCGAAUAGUGCAUGUUUUAGCGGUAAACGCGCUGCCCACAUCGCGUCAUUCGCAUCGCCCCAUGCGAGGACGCAUCUGAUCGCGUCUUUGCAUUGACUUUGUAUGUAAUCAUCUUGUGCAAAUCGUUGAACUCGCAUCUGGUGUAAACCCACAGUAAUUCUAUACCUUAAAAAUGUAAGUUACCUGAUUGCCUUAAAAUUUUUUGUUAAAUCAACUUAUCAAAAUAUUAGUUGACUCAAAAAGUCCUAUAAAAAUUUGCGUUAAAUAAAUAAAAAACUAACUAACUUUUUUUUUUUGUUGAACCGACAAUUUUUUUUACAGUGUAAGUAUCUGUUAUUUAAUUGUUAUUGCUCAAUACUUAAACAUAUAAUUACAAAGUAACAGUGACAAAAUAAAGUGUAACCAAAAGAUUAAAGCAAGCAAGAGAGUAAAAUUUACACCAAAAAAGUUUUAAACUGAAAGCUUAGUCUAAUUCAUGGAGGCCAAAUCUUUAUAUAAAGGAUAAUAUCAGCUGGUCAUUAUGCAGAAAAUCUUGUAUCAUCCUGAAAAGGUUUAUGUUGCGAUAAUGACCACCAGGUCUACAUUACAUUAUGCAGAUUGAUACAUGGCUGUUUACUCGAUAAAUAAAUAAAUAAACACAAAAUAUUGAUUCGAGUUGAAGAGUAAGAGGUGGGGUGACAAUGGGAGACAUAAAUAUAGCACAGCUACAGCAUGAAUCAGCACAACAGGAUAGUGGUCUAUUAAAUAGUUUAGCAGUCAUUUUUCAAAAAUGUUAAACCUCAG